AUAAUUAAUAAUCCAGCACAAAACAUUCACAAUUUCUUUUCUUUCUUUUCUGCUGUCAUCACUAUGUCACUGAGAGUAGCUGCUGAGAAUUUGCCAAUGUUAGGAGAUGGGGCGGCGGAAAAUCUGGUGGUGUUGGUGAGGGAGUAUGAUGAAGAGAGUGAUAAGACGGCGGUGGAGGAGAUGGAGAAGCGGUGUGAAGUUGGCCAACGGGGAAAACCAUCGCUGGUGACUGACCUUUUGGGUGACCCAAUUUGUCGUGUUCGCCAGUUUCCAUCUCAUGUUAUGCUGGUUGCAGAAUAUUAUGGAGGAGGAGAAAUAGUAGGGGUGAUAAGGGCUUGUGUAAAGACAGUGACGAGAGGAGGAAAUUCUGCAGCAGUGGCUUACAUUCUUGGGCUGAGGGUCUCCCCUGCUCACAGGAGGCUUGGCAUUGGCACCAAAUUGGUUCAAGAAAUAGAAGAAUGGUGCAAGCAAAAAGGUGCAGAGUAUGCAUACAUGGCUACAGAUUGUACCAAUGAACCUUCAAUCAAUUUAUUCACAAGAAAAUGUUCUUACACAAAAUUUCGUACCCUUUCAAUGUUGGUGCAGCCGGUUCAUGCCCAUUACAAGACAAUAGGCUCCGGCAUUGCCAUCGUCCGGCUAACCCCGAAACUCGCCGGAACACUCUAUCGCGGAGUAUUUGGCAACAGUGCAGAAUUUUUCCCUAAAGAUAUUGACACAAUUUUGUCUAGCAAGCUCAAUUUGGGCACAUUUAUGGCCAUGCCCAAAAAAUCCCUCCCUAAAUGGGAUCCUAAGACAGGGAUUCUUCCCUCAAGUUUUGCUCUCCUGAGUGUUUGGAACACGAAGGAAGUGUUCAAAUUGCAAGUGAAAGGAGUUUCCAUGUUCAAGUAUGCAUGUUGUGUGGGUUCUAGGUUGCUGGAUUCUUGGAUGCCAUGGCUAAGGUUGCCUUCUUUUCCUGAUGUAUUCAGACAAUUUGGUGUCUAUUUCUUGCAUGGUCUAUACAAGGAAGGCAACAGUGCUUCGCGGCUAUUGAAGGCUCUGUGUGCCUUCGCUCAUAAUAUGGCUAAAGAUGAUGAUGGAUGUGGGGCCGUUGUGGCUGAAGUGGGCCACCUUGACCCUGUUAGAGAUGUGAUUCCACAUUGGAGGAAGUUCUCUUGGGCUGAAGAUUUGUGGUGCAUCAAGAAGAUGGGUGAUGAUGAGAAGCAAAAUGAUGAUGAAAGUUGUGAACCGUUUGAUUGGAUGAAAUCUAGGCCACCUUCUCCUGUUAUUUUUGUUGACCCACGAGAUUUUUGACCUUCAUGUGCUACUCUUUAGACUUCCAAAGAAAAAUGUUAAUAGACAAUUUUUACACA